CGCCUCCAUUGAAGAAAAGCUGUUGUUGUGAAUGGAGACAGAUCCACUGACACCGUGAAGAAGAAGAAGAAGUAGAAGUAGAAGAAGAAGAAGAAGAAGAAGAAGGAGGAGGACAAGAGUUCAUCACUGUCUCUGUCUGAAGGAUCAUGAGACACAUUCACUGACGGUCACCGUUAGCUUUAGCUUUAGCUUGGCUGAGCCUCGUUUCUCGUUGUUUUUACUCACCGGUGCCUGGAGACAUGCAGAGACUCUUCUCUGGGAGGACAGUCUGGAAGCUGCUGAAGUUCAGCAGCUCGUCCUCCGCCUCGAGACUCUACAGCCAUCUCCAUCCUCAGGGCCCCGGCUCCUUCGGGCUGCUCUUCGACAUCGAUGGGGUGCUGGUGCGGGGCAGGACGCCCAUCCCUGCCGCCAAGCAGUGCUUCAAGAACCUGGUGGACCGCGACGGGAAAUACAAGGUGCCCGUGGUGUUUGUCACCAAUGCUGGGAACUGCAUGAGGCAGACGAAAGCAGAACAUCUGUCGGAUCUGCUGGAGGUUGAGGUGUCUCCAGACCAGGUGAUGCUGUCCCACAGUCCUUUGCGAAUAUUCACCCAGUUCCACAAAAUGUGUGUGCUGGUGUCUGGGCAGGGUCCAGUGGAGGAGGUCGCUCACAAUCUGGGCUUUCAGGAUGUCGUGACCAUCGAUAUGCUCAGAGACGCAUAUCCUCUUCUAGAUGUCGUCGAUCACAACCGAAGGCCCAAAGGCAGUGUCCCACCCAGCAAAGGCUUACGGCCGAUAGACGCUGUGAUUUUAUUUGGCGAACCAAUCAGAUGGGAGACAAACCUCCAGCUUAUUGUUGAUGUGCUCCUGACAAACGGGAACCCAGACAACACCUUGAGUUCCAUACAGUACCCUCACAUCCCGGUCCUGGCCUGUAACAUGGACCUGCUGUGGAUGGCUGAGGCCAAGGAUCCUAGGUUUGGUCACGGUAUGUUUCUGGUGUGUUUGGAAAGCCUGUACAAGAAGAUCACGGGCUAUGAUCUGAAGUACGAGGCUCUGAUCGGUAAACCCAGCGUUGUCACGUACAACUACGCCGAGCUGCUGGUCAGACAGCAGGCGGAGCGACUCGGCUGGACCACACCUGUGAAGAGGCUGUAUGCUAUAGGUGACAAUCCCAUGGCAGAUAUAUAUGGGGCCAACCUCUACAACAGCUACCUCCAGGCUUCUCGGUCUUCCAAGGCCCAGAAGCAGGCUAAGAGUGGGGGAGGUGGUCUCGAGCCCCUGGCAGAAACUGCGGACGAUGGCCCCGAGAUGACAUCAGCCGAGCUUGGCGGAGCGUCCAGUGUAUACGGGGCGGAGCAAGAUCUUCCAGACAAGUGCAGCUCCAUCCUGGUGUGCACUGGAGUGUACAGCAGAGACCAGCAGGAGCUGCCUUCGGACACAACGCAGACCGUCACAGAGCAACACAUCUUCCAUGGCCACCGGGACUUCCGCUUCGACCCCAGCCUCACGCAGCCGUCCUUCGUGGUGCAGGAUGUAAAGGAGGCGGUGGAGCUGGUGUUCCAGCAGGAGGGCUGGCCCCUGGAGUAGGACUCUUAACACCUCCUAGCCAAUAGUAGCAGAACUCAAGGGUGUGUAUUCUGUUUUAAUAUAAGCUUAUCCACAGGGUAGAUGUAGCUGUUACUAUGGCUAAUUCUUAAAGAUUUCCAAGUGCCACAGAAUCAGCUGCAAAAACAAGUAGUAACACCAAAUAUAUGAAGGAAGGCUACAGACGUUUUAAUCCGUCAUAUGUGUCACAGACGCUGCUGUUUUUUUUUAUUAAUAUAUUUUUCACAAACAAUUCACAGAUCACUGUUUCUAAUCGCCCAAACUACUGUGCGUACACUGUAUAGUCUGAAGUUUGCCCCUGUCUUGCCUUUGUACACAAUAAUAUCAGCUGUCUUUUACAGUUUAGGGCGCAGAGUUACAUUCAUUUUAUAUCCGUUUGUUCAAUGAGGAGAACUGAGAAGUCUUUAACUUCAGACUGAUCCAGAAAGAUCUGUUGACAGUGUCGCAGAUAAAGAUGGAUUUUGUUAUUUUCUCAAGAGUCUGCCAAGCCAGGUCAUACACAGCGUCCAGCAGGUCUCUUGUGUAGAGCCGUUCUGCUUCCUGUUUGCACUGCUCUCACAUUUCAGCUGGAUUUGUUUUUAAACUAGAUGAACAUGUAACCACUAAUGCUAAAGAGAUUAAGGCGCUAGUUUUCAGUUUAGUACCUCACCAGAUUCGAUUUUUUAGCCUUAAUCAGGAGUAUGGUAAUUCUGAAAACAAAAUAAUGUUUUAUUUUAUAGAGGAUCUGCAAUUACCACAGUGUUCACAGCAAUGGAAAAAGGUGCUAUUUUUCUGUCAAGUAGUUUUAGUUGUGAACAUUUAAUGAAUGAUUAAUGUGAAUUUCUGUACUUUUCGAGGAGAAAAUAUUUAAUUACAUCACCAGCACUAGUAAAAAUGUCAUAGUGCCGUUUGUCACGUUUUUAACUGACAGAUAUAAAAAUGUAUGAUUUGUAUUUGACUUCAAUUACAGGUUGAAACCGGUAAACACUGGUCAUGUACUGUAAGAGCCAUACUGUGUGAAAGGACAAUUAAAAAGGCACAAAAAGCUGCACAUCAAGUGACAA